AUGCCUUCGUUCUCUCGCUUCUUCCGGAGUAAAGACUCCAGUGCUGCGAAAAAGAACUCAAAAACACCUGCAGCGGAAAACACAGGCCCUGCGAAGCCAACAUGGACCGAUGCAUGGCAGCGCACGGAGGUCGGACCAGAAGAGGUUCAACAACUGCUGAGAGCUUGCACCCAAGAGCUCAAAGUACGAGCACUUCAAACCCCGUUCAUGCUGCUCCCAUUCCGCCCGAGCUCCGAUACUGUCACGGCCCGUACCUUCAUUCGAAAUUACUUCGAUCAGUCUCUAAAAAGAGGCUCGCCUUUUGCUGGAAAUGAAUUGGCACAAGAACUGCGGCUUACCGACCCGAUGGUCUUAUGCAGUGUGCUGAAAUGGUGCUGGAGCAGACUCCCUGGGGGAGUUGUUACCUGGGAAGCUUAUGAACUGUUCAAGGUUGGCGAGCAAGACUCUCAAUUUGCUCGUGACGCAUUCUCGACAUUCAUACCUAUCAGCGUAGAGUCAGACGCUCGGACCAAAAUCAUCUUUGACUUUUUCGAUCUCUUGACAGCCAUUGCAGCGCAUGGCAAGUCCAAUGGCCUGGGAGGUCGGAAGCUUUCCCGCUUCGCUGGAUGGUGGGCUUUCGAACAUAGUGACACUGGCAGUGGUUUUGAAGCGGCCUACAAGAAUUGGGCAAGCGCCGCCGACGCAACAAGUCACUUGUUCUUUGCCUAUCUACGUUCGCUUUCACCUGAUGCCCCUCGCGGCAUGAACAGCAUAUCGACACUACCAAUCGCCUUGCAGUCAUUAGUCCAGGCCACAGAAUACCCCCCUGAAACACCAACGCUUCUCCAGGUAUCGACCACCAAAGUUGUCAUGAUUGUCGACACAGUCUCCCCGACCCCCUUCGCCUUGUUGCGCCGUGCAAAGAACUUCGAAUAUAGAGAUAGCGAUGAACAUCUCCAAAAAUUCGCGGGUUAUGAGGACCCACUGAAGGCCCUUACCGACGAGUGCCUGCGUGUUCUAAGAUGUAUCUCAUCUACCAACCAAUCUGCAGCCGAGGAGCCGGUUGCGGCAAACCGUGAUGCAUCAUGGUCCAGGUUUGAGGAUCUUGGAUUCGGGGGCGCUAUUGAACCUGCACUCGAAGAAAAUGGUGCUCACUCAAGCUCCGCCCCAAAGGAAUUUGGGGGUAGUAUGAGAUCUGUACCUUAUUCUGGCGGUGGCGACCUCGGCCGUCCUACCACACCAUCAUGGGCUGAUUUCAUGUCGUCCGGUUUUGGCGAUGACAGCACCUCUUUCAAAGCCCCUGUUGCUCCUCUACUUCUUCCUCCCGAUAAAGUCCUGCCACCAAUUGCCACCGUACGGGGCCAAAGCUCGCAAUCUCACAAACGAGGUCUCAAUGACGAGCCUUCUAUGGAUCCUGGUGAGCUGGCUAGUAUCACAAACCUUGACAUAGAUGACUCUUUCUGGUGGGUUUGGAUCAGUAGUCUAGCAGGCGAAGAGCCCACCGCGCGGAAAGCGGUCUUUGGACGUUGCGCAUUGCUUGAAACAGUCAUCAGGAAUACAAAAUGGUUGGUCCUCGAGGAACAGGUCAAGGGUGCUGCUCCAGAACCUGAAGUUGGCGCAUACAUUGUCGAGAAGAAGCGGUUCUUCGGAUUCUCGACACGAAGGGGCAAACUCGGGCGCCGCAAGUCCUCGGCAAAGAAGAUUAAUUCGGUGGAGGAUUCUUACAAGCGUCCCAAUAACCAAGGGCCGAAUAGCAAGGCUAGCAUAGCCCCAGAUCAACACGCACGUAUCCAAGCCGCCGCUGCUGCUCUUCAGAGAAAGCACCGAGAGGAGCAGGAGCUCGCCAACGGAACCAAGACAGGCGCUGAAGAUGAUGCAUCUAACCCGAAAAAGACUAUUUCCAUGAUGACGCUGCAACCAUCCAUCGUGAAUGAAGCUUCCCAAGCUAUGAAAUGGGCCAGUAACUACGACAAACACGCCUACAGGGCAGCCUAUCUGAGCGACACCCGUGCAGGAACUGGCACUGCAACCGAUGAAAAUAAGGAGCGAUCAGCUCCGUCGAUGGCAACUAGCUCCAGACAGCCACCUACACCGCCGAAAGACUCUGCUCCUGCUCACACUACAGAAGUACCAAACACGGCUGAGAAGCCCACGGAUGGUACAAAGACUGGCACUAAUGAUACAGAGCCACCGGCUGUGGAACCGCCAGCCAAAGCACCCAAGGAAACCGCAGAAUCGGAUGCGCCCCACAAGCUGAAGAAGAAAGCAGCUAAUACCGGGUUCAAGAGCAUGUUUGGAACAAGCAAGAAGAAGGACGCCGAGGGAAAGCAGCCUCCUUUGAAGCCAACCGGAGCCGAAGGGUCGGCUGUUGCUGCUGCGCGCGCUGCGCUAGAGGGUAAAGCAAAGGCCUCACAGGAACAACCACCUAGCCGCAAUGGGCCCGCAACCUUGAAAAAGAAGCCAGUUCCAGGCACAGCCCCUACGAAGACCGCCGUACCUGAUACCGAGACGGCCCCUGAGCCAGCCCCUGAGCCAGCGGCUGUUUCAGCUCCAGAGCCCCAACCCAGCGAGCCUAAAGCUCCAGAGCCAGCUCACGAGCCCAUGAGUGACCAUCCCCAGAUCCGCCGUGAGGCUGAGUACGAUGCACUUUCCCGAGUCGAUACCAACGAGCAAGUAGCAGCGGACCGCGAAUUCUCGAGGUUUGACCAGGGACCCCUAGUGGACCAGCCGGCAUUCGUCCCCGAAGACUCGCCUGUUGAAGAAACACCUCCCAAGACUGACACUAGCCCACCUGUGUCUCCGAUCUCUCCUAGCUCUCCACCCCAGGACAACGCAUCUCAAGAUCGUUGGGCUCAAAUUCGAAAGAAUGCGGCAGAAAGAGUUCAGGUCGAACCCCGCCCAAGUACUGCUGAUGAAGACGGCAACACUAGCGAGGAAGAAAGCUUUGAAACUCGCGCUGCGCGUAUCAAGGCACGAGUUGCUGAAUUGACCGGAAACAUGCAAGGUGCAAACCGGUCUUGA